AUGUCUUUAUUUAGAUUGGAAAAUAAUAAUAACAAUUUUUAUGCUCAAGAUGGUUUAUGUUACCAAAAUUUUACAUUAAUUGGAUCAUUUGGAAUAAAACCUAUUGAUUUUAUAAUUUCUAGUUUAUAUACUAGUAAUUUAAGACUUUUACAAACUAAUGGGAGUUCUUAUUAUUAUCAAAUUUCCACAUCAUGCUCUGUUGGAAGAUUUAUGGUUGAUUCAAUUUCUUAUAUAUAUUCUUCAUCAAGUUUUAAUGAAUCAAUUCCAGAAAUUAUAUUUGAUUGUUUAGAAGCACCAAAUCUAUUAAAUUGGGAAAUUAAAAAAAAUUUAAUAACUACAAAUCCACCAUCUCCAAAUAUUUAUUUCACUUUAAAAGUUUUUAAUGUAACGAAAAAAAUAAAUUUCAAACCAGAAAAUUAUCCAUAUCCUUAUUCAAUAGAUUUUUUAAAAGGUCAUUUAUUCGGUAAAACUUAUUUGGCACAAUUCAAAUUAACAUUUACAAGACUCAAUCCACUAUCAAAUAUUUUUAAUGAAUUUUUAUUUGUUAAUAUAUCAUACAAUUCAUUUUCAAAUAAUAAUAUUGUAUUCAAUUUAUCAUCUCCCAUAAAUGAAAACAAUGGUAGUGUUUGUGAUAAUAUUAAUGCAAAAAGAGCAGGUGGUGGUAUAAUUUCAAAUGGUAUUUGGGAUACAGGUUUAUAUACAACAUGUUUUACAAUUGGAAAAUCAGUAUCGAAAUUAUUUUUAUACCAACAUUUGGAAAUUUAUGACAGUCCUAAACAAUGGUUUAAAAUGGUAGGCGGAAAUGAAACAAAUUCUCAGUUAUUAUCUUCUUUUUUACCACUAGAAAUUUCAUUCACAAAUUAUAAUGUAACUUCUCACAUUUUUAAUAUUGAUGAUUAUAUGAUUUUAACUAAUAUAAAUUAUAAAAAUGUUGGUGAUAUUAUGGUAAAAAAUUCUUUAUUUUCAAAUAGUAGUAAUGGACUAGGUAAAACCUCUAUUCCAAUUAUUAGAGAUCCAAGAUCAGCAUUAUUCGAAAUUAGAACUGGAUCUAUAAAUACAUAUAAAGGUUAUAAAAACUUUAGACACUUUAUAUAUCCAUAUGGUGUUGGAAAGGGAAGAAUCGAUGAUUUUGAAUAUAUUUCAAGUAUUUAUAUUCCUUCAGUAUCUUCAUUGUAUUAUUACUAUUGUACACUAGAAUUAGAACAUUAUUCAUAUGAAGCAAUUCCAACACCAACCUAUACUAGUAAUAUAAUACCAAUAAUAAAUAAUAUUGAAAUUUAUUACCCAAGGGGUGGGGAUGGUAAAAGAGCAAUUCUUAAAGUUAGUUUAUUUUCGAAUGGCGCUGGUUUAGCAUGGAUGGAGUAUUGUGGUAACAUUAUAACUGAAUUGGAUUUAGUCAAUGGAACAAUUUAUAAUGGUUAUUAUGAAAAGAUAAUAAAUGUUACCUUUGAAAAAACACCAAUUGUAAUUAUGAGUACAGAAGGAUUAUUUAAUGAAAUUAAUCAAAAUUAUUUAGAUCAAGAUUCAUUUUUAAUUUUGAAAGAAAUACCAUAUAUAAAUGCAUUUAAUAAUAGUAUUAAUGGUGGAAGUCAAAGUUUAUCAGUUACUAAAUUUGAAUUUGAAGCUCAAAAUGUAAAUGUAGAUAAUGGAUUUUUACAAACUUUAUAUUUCGAUUAUAUUGAUUCAGCAUACGAUAUACCAAUCUCAUUUUAUUUAUUAGAUCCAAUUUAUGGAGAUUCAUUAAUUAAUCCAAUGGAUAUUGAUGUUGGACAAUAUUUAAAAGAUAAAAAUGAAAAUGUUUUUAAAAUUCAAUUUGUAAUUCCACCUCGUAAAUGUUCUGGUAGUUUACCAUAUAUUAUUAAAGUAGAUAGUGUUAGUUAUACAAUGGAUUAUUUUUAUUCAUUAUUUGGUAAUGCUGCAAAUUUAAGUGUAACUUCAACAGAUUGUGAUGAAAUGCCACCAAUUAUUAAAAAUAUAACUUAUUUCAAUUCAAUAAUAGAUGUUAGUGGUAUUAAUGGUAAUAUAUUUAAUAUUUCAGGUCAAGAUCAAGAUGUAGAAUUAGGUUGGACAGUUACAAUUGAAGAUAGAAUUAAUGGUUUGAAAUCUGCAUAUUUUAGAAUUAUUGGUGAUAAAGAUCCUCAACCAUUAGAGCUUAAUUUUACACCUGAAAAUGGUUUAAUAAGUGGUGAUAAAUUUACAGGCCAAUAUAAUAUUAUAUUUAAGGUGAAACCAACAACUGCUGGACAAACCUAUACAUUUGAAAAUAUAAUUUUAAUUGAUAACUCGGGUCACAAAUCUCAAAUAAUGGACGAUAAUUAUAAAUAUCAGGAUAAUAUAAUAGAAAUUAGAUAUUCUCCAUUAUCACCAAUCUAUAAUUUGGAUAGUACAACUAUGAAGUAUUUCAAUUUUACCGUUAUAUCUAAUAAUGACGAAAGUGAUAUAACUCCACCAUCACUAGACUAUUUUAAACCAUCGGUUGAAAAUUUAGAUAUCAAUACACAUAAUAGAAAUAUAUCAUUUAUAUUUAAUACUUCUGAUAAUAUCGGAUUAUUAUAUGAUACUCAUAAACCAAUUGUAUUUUUAGAAUAUUAUAUAAAUGAUAUAACAUUAUCAUCUUUAACAAAUAUUGAAUGUAAUACUGAAUUAAAAGAAAACGUAAUUGAUCCAUCUACCAAUUUAACAAUUAAAGCUCAUUAUGAAGCAUUUUGUUCUGUUCCAUAUGGGUUCAGUUCAAGUAAAGGUUUUAUAGUAUCAGUUUUUGGAAUUGUUGAUACUUCAUUCAAUUUCAAUGGUUAUUCAGCUUAUGAUUUGGAUAAAAAUGGUGUAAAAAGUUAUAUUUCAACCAAUCAAACUAUUACUUUACCAUCUAUUGAAAAUUUAAUAUCAACUUCAGACAGUAGUGGUGAAAGUUAUUCUUUAAAUACUAAUAAACUUUUAAUGUUAAAGGAAUCAAAUUCAAUUGAUAGCAUCUCACCAAUCUCUAGUGAAGGUUCAUUCAUAACUAUAAUAGGUAAACAUUUUGGAUUUAAAUCAACUAUUUCAAUCAUUGAUAACUUUAAUAGUCAGGUAGAAAAUAGUAUAGUUUAUAGCUCAAACAUAAUGAUAAUUAUUAAAGUAAUACCAUUUAAUUCUGAAAGAUUAUAUAUUACUGUAAAAGACGAAAUUAAUAAGGUUGAAUCGAAUACUAUAGGAGUUAUAGUUUCACCAUUAGAUUAUUCAUCUUCUUCCUCAACACCAAAUGAUGUAGUAUGUUUAAACAAUUGUGGUGGAUUAGAUAGAGGUGUAUGUGUUGAAAAUGUAGGAUGUCGUUGUAUCUCACCUUAUAGUGGACUUGAUUGUUUAUCAAAAACUGUUAAAACUCCACAACCUUUAAUGAGUACAACAACACCUGAUUCAAUUAAUACUUUCCUUGUUGAUGGUGCUAUUUCAUUAAAUACAAUGGUUUCUAUUGUUGCAAUACGUGAAAUUAAUAUUGAUAAUUCUAUUGAAAAUACCCAUUAUUUUAAAGAAAAUGAUUGGAUUUCUACAACCAUUUCAAGUACAAAUGUAAUUUAUAAUACAAAAAUUAAAAAAGGUGCUAAUCAAGUAUCAACCAUAACAGUGAUUUCAGAAUGGUUUGAAAAAGAAACUGAAAUUACAUUUGCAGGUGAAAAAUUUACUAUAAAUCCAUCAAGUUUAAAAUAUACAAUAUCAAUAGAUCAUUAUCCAUUCUCAACGCCUUUAAAUACAUUAGAAUUAAUAUUUAAAAGUUCGGUUGGUACUUCUAAAACUGAUGAUAUUUGUUCAAGUGAACAAUUUGGUUUAAAUGAUAAUUCAAAUUAUUUAGAACUUCAAGUUGGUGAAUUUACUUUACUUUCAAAAUAUUCAAAAAUGGCAAUUAUAGAUAAUGGAAUAGUACGUACAAUUAGUAAUAAAGUCUUAACGGAUUUCAAUCAGAAUGAAAAAUUAAGUGGUUCAGCCCCAAGUAAGAAAUUAUCAUUUGUCGCUAUUCAAAUACCUUUAUAUAAAUCAAAAAUUGAAAUUGAUCCAGACUUUUCUGUAUUAUUAAAUUCAAAUCCAGCUUCUUCAAAUUCUGAUAAUUCAAUAUGUACAUCAUCUUCAUCAUCUUUAUCAAAAUCUAUAAUAGCUGGUAUUGUAAUUGGUUCUGUAGUUUUCUUUAUUAUUUUAAUUUUAUUUAUUUUAACGUUAUUACCCCCACAUUUUAAAAUGUCAAUAAGACUUUACUAUCACAAACUAAGAAAACAUUAA